UCACCAUCUUCAUCAUCAUCAUCUUCAUCAUCAUCAUCCACCACAAGUGCUGAUCAGAGGUAAUUAUUUGAAGAUGACAAGCCAGACUGCAGAGGUGAGUUUAAGACAUAUAAAACAUGUAAUUAACUAUAAGCCUGAUUUAAUUAUGUUAUAAACAUUCAAACAAAGUUGAUCGUUUGUUAAAAUUAGAUUUAAAAACACCCCGAUUUAAAAUGUGACUCCACGGUUUUCUCUCUGUUAGUCCACCAGACAGUGUUGUUGUUCCUGGCAUCAGAAAAAUCAAAAGCUCAUUAAAUUAGUUUCAUCCUAUGUGAGUAGAGCACAUGUUUAUAUUCUAAAAUUAGACGAGUGACUUGUUGUGACUAGUUAUCUCUGCAACCAUAAAUAACAGUGUUUACAAAAACCUGCAGACCAGCCUCAUGCAUUAAAGACUAAUAUUCAGAUAUGUAUGAACACUGUGUUGUGGUUGUUUGUAUAGGGCCUAUGGAACUUAACUUAGGUUUUUGGAUCCCUUCUGUAACAACAGCUUAACAAGCUAUUUACAAGUUAUUUUUAAGAGGUUUUAGACAAGUCUGGGCCAAAACGGAUGCCUAAGAGGACCGCUUACUGUUAGCCUCAUAAAACCUAAGUAGGCUACUUUUACAUCGUGACCUGAUAUUUGGUAGACUUGUUGGGAGACGUGUGGGAACCACAAAAUGUACAAUUUGAAGAGCUGUAUUAUUCAUAUUUUAAUAUUGUCAAUAUUGGAACAUGUACAGUUGUAUUCUUUUUGUAUAUUCUUAAAUUCCCAUGUAUAUUAAUGAAGUCAGUAUUGUAUGUAUAUACAUCUGAUUAAAAUCAGGUAAAAACACGUCCAAGUCUGCAGAAAUGAGUCAAUUCAAACUGUGCAAUAAAGUAUUUUACUUUGCAGUUUGAAUGCGUACAAAGUACACUGUCCAUAACGGGAGGCCCAACUCUUACGCCAGUGGAAAAGCUCCCCUGUGUGGUAAAACCGCGUAACACAGAGGAAACCCCGUGUAUUUCCGGUUUGGAGUGACGUCACAGCAACCAGGAAGAAAACAGACAGAAACCAGAGUUUACGCCACUUUGAAGUCACUUCGGCCACAUCGUUGUCAUGAAAACUUGAAUACAAUGUCUAUCUUAUGAAUGAGCCUGACUCGUGUUGCCGCAGUCCGGGACCACGUGUCCGAGUGAAGGACGACCUUCAGACGGACGGGUUAACAGGUGACAUGUGCCGUCAGACAGAAUGAUUCAACACACGCUGCGCGCGAGCCGACGCGCCGCCUCUCCUGCUCUGCGCUGCUUCUCUGAGACUUCCGGUGGAGAAAUCACAGAGGAGGAUGGAUGUGAACGGACAGGCUCUCCAUGUCCCACAAAGCAGGCGUCCCUCUAUGUGCACUGGCCAUACUGCCUCAGGCGGUGCUCCUACUGCAACUUUAACAAGUACAUAUCCAGAGAGGACAACGACCACAUCAUGACUGAGUGCCUUCAGCGGGAGACUGAGACGUUGCUGCAGCUCAGUCAGGUCUCCUGCAUCACCUCAGUGUUUUUUGGAGGUGGGACUCCGAGCCUGGCUCACCCCUCCACCAUUGCUGCUGUCCUCCAAACUGUUUCACGCCGGGCGUAUCUCUCGGAUAAAGCGGAGGUCACGCUGGAGGUCAACCCUACUCCUGUAGGAAAGUCAAAGUUAGAGGACUAUUGCCGUGCAGGGGUGAACCGUUUCUCCAUCGGGGUCCAGUCUUUGCAGGAUGAGGAUUUGAAAAUUCUGGGAAGAGACCACAGCUCUCAUCAGGCUUUGCUAACUGUCGAAGAGGCCAGGAGGCUGUGCCCCGGGAGGGUGUCGGUGGAUGUCAUGUUUGGCCGGCCCAAACAGAGCGUUGAAUCCUGGGAGGACGAGUUGUCCGAGCUGUUGAAGGUGUGCGAUGACCACGUGUCUCUGUACCAGCUGACGUUGGAGCGAGGCACCCAGCUGUUCAAACAGGUGCUCGCAGGAGAGGUGACCGUGCCCACUGAAGACGUGACAGCGGAGAUGUACCAGUGUGCGCGGAGGACUCUCCACCAGCACGGCCUCCUGCAGUAUGAGGUCUCUAACUUCGCAAGACAUAAGGCAGCGAGUCACCACAACACGAGCUACUGGAAGGGAAGACAGUACAUCGGCGUCGGCCCAGGAGCACACGGGCGCUUUGUUCCUCUGGGGGAGGGGGGGGUCCAUCGGGAGGCGCGGACCCAGACCCUGGAGCCUGACGUCUGGAUCCGUGAAGUCCGGCAGAGAGGACAUGGCACACGUAGGCGGAUUCAACUCGGCCAUCUUGAACUAUUGGAGGAGGUGUUGGUUAUGGGAAUGAGAAUGAACGAAGGCAUUAAUCACGAGCAUUGGGAGAUGUUUAGCCCUCAACUGGGUCUCCGGGAAGUCUUUGGCUCAUCCAGAGACGUCCAGGAGUUGCUCCAGAGUGGACAACUCCUUCUUGAUGACAGAGGUUUGCGCUGCUCCUGGGAUGGACUGGUCUUACUGGACAGCAUACUGCCAGCUCUACUGGUGGAACUGGAAAGACAAAUCAGUCCGAGGCUACAAAGGGACAUUCACCACACUGAUGGACGAACAGAAAGCCGAACCUCCAGCCCUCGAUGAGAGUAAUGUUAACACAGCAGAGCACUUCAGAGAAGGUUUGUUUGUGUUGGACUAACAGGAGGGUGAGGGUGGGGAAUCCUGAAAACAGGCAGAUGUUUACAUUAGUUUUAUGUUAAAUAUUAAAUGACUUGUUUAAGGCGUUGCCAGUUUUCACAUUGUAUUCAUUGUAAGUUACUUUGCUGUGCAGCUGAUAUGGGAAUAGUCUCUUAUUUGACCUGUUAAUAGAGAAAUUAAACCGGCCCCACAGGCGUUUAUUUGAUAUUGACUCUGCCAUUUUGGUUUGGAUGAGACCCAGAACAUGAGAGGUGAAUAUAUAUUUUCAUGUCUCCUGGUGCUAUAAAACAGUUAUUGCUUGUGCUGAACAUUUCUCUGUCAUAUUACUGUCUUCUAAACAUAAUUAUUUCUCUCCCCGCACACAAGGAAUUGUGUUUUAUUCUUUAAAUAGAUGUCAACUCAAUUUUGAAACAUUAAUGUAUUAACUGAUCCAUCUUAUAAAGGGUUAAAUUGACAACAAA